CUGAAAAUAAGAUAGUAUAUCAACUGAUAAAUAAGUGGUGGAUACUGCCAGUCACUAAAAAUGUCAGCCGUACUUUAGGGACAGAAAAACAAAUUGAUCACUGUCGUCAUCACACAAACUUUUUAACACUUUGUUUUCAUAAUAAAAACGUCUAAGUUUGAUUCAAGGAGAAAAGUAAUAUAAGGAAAUGAAAAUAAGAAUUGUACACACAUAUUUGUCUUCGAAAUUAAGCGACAUUUAGACUUGCGGUGUCUUACUUCAAAUAUAAAUUUAAUGAGGUAAUUAAAUUGAUUCUCUACCUGUUGUUACCUGAGGAAUUUGCUAACACUAGUCCUAGCAAGAGCAGUCCUUCGCAGAAACUACCACCAGAUCGGAAACGCGAUCCGGCGACAAACUGGGUUAAUUUGCUCGCCGAACCUUUCGUCGCAAGCUACGGGUUCCAAGAUUCCUACUCACGGUAACGAUAGAGCAAGGUGUGCUAAGAAUCUGUAUUACGGUAGGCUACCUUAGGGCCGUGUCACACCGGAAUGGCAGCGAUGCCUGCCUCCAGACUACAUGCGCCUAGUCUUCUCUUGACUAGUUUAGUUUCUUCAUUCGGCAAUGAUACUCGUGUGUUUGGAGUGAACAUUAUGGAAUUCGUUAUUAUAUAAGACCGCGGUGUCGCGAGCGGCCUUGAAAACUUGCAUACGCCCCGUCAUGACCUAUGCAAGUGUAGUGUUCGCUCACGUGGCCCGCACUCACUUAUAAUCAUUCCAAGUUAUUCAAUCCCGUUUUUGCAGGAUAGCCGUCGGAGCCCCGUGGUUCGUCAGGAACGUCGACCUCCAUGACGACCUGGACUUGGAGUCCAUCAGUAAGUGUCUGCGUCGAUGCGCCACUUCGAUAAAGAGGCACGACACGAGAACCCUCUCAUCGUGGCCGCCGGUAACUACAUUCCCGAUCCUGCGGAAAUAAUGGAAAGCAGUCGACGUCGCCCCAAACACGUCAUUUCGGUUCCUCCCGAUCCACUAACGGUGCUUUUGGGUACCUCAAGCACCGGUCACCGUUCUCGUUGAAACCGUCGCUUGCGACGAAGGGCUCGACGAGUAAAUGAACCCUCAGACACAGCCCACUGAGUUUCUCGCCGGAUCUUCUCAGUGGGUCGCGUUUCCGAUCCGGUGGUAGAUUCUGCGAAGCACGGCUCUUGCUAGGGUUCGUGUUAGCAACGUCGUCAGGUUUGAGCCUCGUGAGCUGUGACGUAUAAUGAACGAUCGCUGUUGCAGGUGGGUUCUCGACCGCACAACGGAAAACGUAGCGUUGGACGCCCCUUGAUUAGGUGGUGCGAUUACUUCCGAAUGAUUGCCGGCAAGAGGUGGAUGAAGAAAGUCCAAGAUCGGGCUCAAUGGUGUAGAUUAGGAGAGGUCUAUGACCGCAGUGGACAACUGUGGGCUGAUGAUGAACAACUUUUUAGCUACAGUGACAGUGCACAAGCUUAGCAAAGUCAAAUAAAGCCACUAGACGUUUCUUCCAAAAAAUCUCAGUAACCAUCAUUUUACUGAGACUCCAUUUCAUCAAAUGUCAUCUUAUUUCAUUUAUUUUCAACCCAAUUCAUUAGUAUCAAGUAAAUCAUCUUCAUGUUUCAUCAAUAUCAUUUAGCUCCAUAUUUUUCAUAAAAGAAAAUUAAAGAUUAUGCUGUAUGGUACGACACCUUCGCCUUUCCUGUAGUAAAAACGGAACUAUUAUUAUUUAUGAUAAAUGCAUAGAUAACACACAAUAUAGAUACACGGCAGGAAAGGAGCAGUGUGUGUUUUGAUAUUGUUGUUUUUUUUAAAUCAAAAGUUCAUUAAAAACCUUUGAAAUGUCGUCUUCGUUCUUCCUCAAAGGCAAAUCUAGACAAGUUCAAAAAAGAAAAGGAGAAAAAAUAAAAAAGAAACCUGUGAAGAAAUCGACACUUCCUAACCUAGAAAACGGACACGAAUCGUCCGAUAGUGACUUAGAUUUAAAGAAAUUUUCAGAUGCAGAAGAAUCUGAAAGUGAUCAUGAGACAGUGGAGGAAAAGAAAUUAAGGUUAGCUAAAAAAUACUUAGAGGAAAUUGAGAAAGAAGAAGCUAAACGAGCCGAAGAAAAGGAGAUCGAUGAUGCAGUCCAAAAACGUUUACAAAGAGAUUAUCUUGAACAGAGAGGGAAACUUAAAUUGGAACUUGCUGAUAAAUAUCAGGCACCUACUGACAGCGAUGUCAAAGUCAUACGAGCUAAAGAACAUCGACUUACUCUCACAUGUGUUUGUAUCAGUAAUGAUAGUAGCUUAGUAUUUACAGGCAGUAAAUGUAGCACGAUUGUUAAAUGGAGUAUCAAAGAAAAGAGAAAAGUUGGUACAUUAACAUAUAAAACCCACUCGAAUUUCUUAAAAGGUGGCAUUACUAGUUUAGCUAUAUCAACAGAUUCAAAAUAUCUCGCAUCAUCCGACGAGUCAUCCAACAUUCAAAUUUGGGACCCAAUAACCUUUAAGCAUAUACAUACAUUUAAAGGACACAAAGAUUCUAUCAUAGGUCUAGUUUUUAGAAAGAAUACACAUGACAUGUACUCUGCAAGUAAAGAUCGCUCUGUAAAAAUUUGGUCAUUAGAUGAAAUGUCUUAUGUGGAAACACUUUUUGGUCAUCAAACUCCAAUAUCAUCCAUUGAUGCAUUGACAAGGGAGAGAGCAAUAACAUCUGGUGGCAGGGAUAGUACAAUUAGAAUAUGGAAAAUAGUAGAGGAAUCACAGCUAAUAUUCAAUGGCCCUGUAGGUAGUCUUGAUGAAGUGAAACUUUUGGAUGAAGAACAUUUUGUGUCUGGUAGUGAUAAUGGUUCCAUUUGCCUAUGGAGUGUCUUGAAGAAAAAACCAUUAUAUAUAGUCCCAGAGGCCCAUGGCACCGAAAAUGAUGUUCCCAGGUGGAUCACUAGCCUUGCAACUUUAUUAAAUUCAGAUAUUUUUGCAUCUGGAUCUUGGGACAAUCAAAUCAGACUGUGGAAAAUUUAUGACUCUUAUAAGAAAGUUCAGCCUUUGUUCAGUAUAGAAAUAAAUGGUUGUGUUAACUGUAUGCAGUUUACUUGCGAUGGUAAUCAAUUAUAUGUGGCAGUGGGACAAGAACACAAAGCUGGGAGGUGGUUUAAGUUGUCAUCUGUCAAAAAUGGUCUUGCAAUUGUUAAUUUUAAAAUAAAAUAAACUUAAAUAAGCAUCUAA